ACAGUUCAGUGCAGGCUCUCGAUGCGUAUAGUCAUAUCGUACAUAUUUGUAUUCGGUCCUAGAGACCGACGCGUCUACUCGCGUUUGAGACAUCAAGUGGCUAUUGCAACCAGAAAAUUUCAGAUUAGCCAUGGCACUUGUAGAAUUAAUCGGACUUUUCAUUGUUACCCUGAGCAGUCUGUAUAUUUAUUAUAAAUUUGUGAUUUUCAAUUUCUGGCGUAAGAGGGGUGUUUUUUACGUCGAACCCACUGUACCAACUGGAAAUUUAACAGCCUUUGUCAAAAAAAGAAAGCAAAUAGGUGUAUUAUUCCAUGAUGUUUACCAAAAAUAUAAGGAACAUCGCCUUAUUGGAAUGUUUUUAUUUUAUAAACCAAACUUAGUAAUUGCUCACCCCGAACUUAUUAAAAUGGUAUUAACAAAAGAAUUCGUAAGUUUCCACGAUCGUGGAAUGUUCUGCAAUGAAAGAAUUGACCCAUUAUCUGGCAAUUUGUUUUGUUUGUCUGGAAAUAAGUGGCGAAAUCUGCGUAGCAAGUUGACACCCACUUUCAGUGUGGGAAAAAUAAAGCAAAUGUUCCCAAUCCUGACGGAGUGUGGCGAGAAACUCUCAAAAUACUUGGAUUGCAAAGCGCAGAUGAGAGAUUCUAUCGAGAUAAAAGAUAUACUUUCAAGGUAUACAAUAGAUGUAAUCAUGGCAACGGCUUUUGGUAUCAACUCUAAUUGUAUAGAGGAACCUACUAACGAAUAUCGUAUCUACGGACGAAAAAGUUUUAAACCAAUUAGUUCAAUUCGAAUCGUCUUGGCUAUGUUCGUGCCACAAAUUAUGGAUUUCUUUUCCCUUCCCUUCAUUGACCAAAAGGUCUACAGAUUUUACAUGAACUUGUUUCGAGAGAAUGUGGAAUACAGACAAACUCAUAACAUCGUAAGAAAAGACUUUAUGAAUCUGCUCAUGCAACUCAUGGAAAAAGGCUAUGUUGAUCCUGACAAGGAAGAUGACGAGACAACAACUAAUGCAUCAUCAACUGUAAGAAAACUUACUAUGACAGAGGCUGCAGCGCAAAGUCAUUUCUUCUUUGUAGCUGGUUACGAAACUUCUUCGACGGCAACAACGUUUGCUCUAUAUGAAUUGGCUCAACAUCAAGAUAUACAAGACAAAGUUUGCAAAGAAAUCGAUGAAAUGUUAGCGAAACAUGGUGGUCUGACAUAUGAUGCUGUGAAUGAAAUGACUUAUCUUCACAAAGUGGUAUAUGAAACUAUGAGAAAAUAUCCACCUCUUCCAUUGUUAAAUCGCAUUUGUACUAAAGAAACAGACAUACCAACAAUGAACCUACGCCUACCGAAGGGAACUUUAAUCUCUAUACCAGUGCUUGGGUUGCAUCGAGAUCCAUCAAUAUAUCCAGAUCCAGAUAAAUUUGAUCCAGAACGAUUCAAUGAGAACGUAGUAGCAGAAAGACAUCCUUAUGCUUAUUUACCAUUCGGAGAAGGUCCCCGAAUGUGCCUCGGCGCACUAUUUGGCUACUUGCAAACAAAAGUCGCACUGGUGAGUCUUUUGUCGAAGUACAAAUUCACCCUUCACCCCCAGACUCAGGUCCCACUUAAUUUUCACGAGAUGAGCGUUAUUCUUUGGGUAAAAGGUGGCGUACACUUGAUUAUUGAAACACGAGAAAAUAAUUUCGUUGUUACGUGAACCAGAAAUAUUUGUAUUUGUCAGUUACUGUUAAAAUAUGUUAAUAGAAUUAAUGUGUUUUAAUAUUCGUUAUAUUGUAAAUAUGCACUACAUACGGGUGCAGGAAUAAAAUAUACUAUUAAAGAAUUAUACAGUAGUUACAGGACACUCUGUAUAUAUUUAUAUUUUUAAA